AUGAAACAGAGGGGAGCUGCCGUAUACGAUAACACACCAAAAAUCCUCUCGAAACAAACCUCCCCGAACCCUCUUCUACCUCGUGAGCUGCAGGCUCGACUGCAGCGGCAAGUUCCUGCUGCUGGCGCCGACCCAAAGCUUGUACUCGCCCGAGUGCAGCCUCCAGGCCUGGGCGGCGACGUCCCAGCCGCUCAGGUCCCUCCUGGUCAGCUCGAACUGGACCGUGGCCUGCUCGCCGGGCUGGAGCGACGGCUUGGCGAAGCCGCGCAGCUGCCUGACGGGCGCGCCGUCCUCGGGGAUGCCGACGUAGAGCUGCGCGGCCUCGGCGCCGGCCACGUCGCCCGUGUUGGCCACCUUUGCCGUGACGCGGGCCACGACGUCAAAGAGGUCGACGUGGCCGCCCUCCUGGAUCGGGCCCGUCGGGUACUCGGCGGCCGACAGCUCCGGGGCGGUCCAGGAGGCCUGCAGGUCCGAGUAGGAAAAGUUGGUGUAGCUGAGGCCGAAGCCGAACUCGUAGCGCGGCUCGAUGCCCUCCUUGUCAAAGGCGCGGUAGUCGAUGAAGACGCCCUCGGUGAAGUCGCUCUGGGGGAAGCGCUCGUAGAUGCCGUCGGCGAGCGACUGGUUCUGCAGCCCGCGGUAGUCGGUCUCGUUGUGCGGGACCGAGUACGGCAUCUUGCCGCUGAAGUUCUCCUCACCGUACAGCAGGUCCGUCAGCGCGUACCCUGCGUCCUCGCCGGGCAGGUGGGCAAAGAUGAUGGCCGUGACGUUGGGGUGGUCGGCGAACUGGUCGACCAGGCGAACGCCGGCGUUUUGCAGCACCACGAUGGUGUUGGAGCAGUUGGCUGCCACGUUGAGGAUCAGGCCAUCCGUAAAGUCGUCACGGAGGCCGGGCCGAUCCCAUCCUUCGGUGGCCCAGGCGUUGCCGUUGACGAUGCAAGCGUCCGAGUGAGUCCCGUCCUUGCGUGCGCGGUAGCUGAGUGCCUCAAAGGGCGAGCCGCCGUACGCGGGCAUGUUUCCUCCGGAUCCGCCGCCGCUGUAGAGCAUCCCGAGGGGUCCAAUCUGGGACUUGGUGCCGUUGCAGCCGAAGAAGCGGUCGGCGCAGUUGACCGACUGGGAACCGAGGUUGAAGCCCGGGCUGCCAAUGUUCAGCUGGUCGGGCGCCUUGGAGGCGUAGCCAAACAGAGAAAUGAGCUUGGGCUCCUUGAGCGGGAGGCUGUUCCUGGCGUUCUUGACGAGGACGUGGCUCUGGACGGCCGACUGGUAAACGGCCUCCCUGUAGGCUGGGUUCCGUCCGAUCACCUUCUUGUGAGGCUUGGUCAUGUCGCUAAACAUGCCGGCGCCUGGCACGAAGUCCUUGUCCUGGUCGAAUUUGUACCAGUUGCUAAGAAUCCUAUACAGCAGAUCAAGACUCUUUCAGAAGCUCACCUGGUGACCAUGUCGUCAAGCCUGACCAUGGGCACGGAACCGUUGUUCACGGCCUCGACCAGGUUCGCGUCCCAAUAG